AUGAAGUCACGUGAUAAACACGUGUCCAUUAAAAUCGGCGAUAUUUUGGACGAAUUGACGGCAGAAAACAAACGUCUAUUCAAUGAGUUAUUAUUUGCCAACAAAUGUCUCAUCAAAUUGAAGACACAUUUGUCUGUCGUUUACCACAAAUUCGAGACAAUCAUCACAACUGAAGACAAACAUGUGUUGAAUGAAUUGCAACAAGAAUUGCAUCAAAUGAAUGGUUUGACAGGAAGUGAAGAGUUAUCACAAAACAGUGGUCUAAACGAUGACAUGACUCCAGACAUCAUUAUUAAGACUGAAGAGGAAGACGCCAACGAUAGUAAUGAAGACACGGAUCAAUUGUAUGAUAAUAGGAAACGUAAGAGAAAAUACACGAUUAAUAGAGGAAAGAGACGGCGCCGGACACCACAAGAGAUGAUCGAUGAGCGCAAUAAUAAGGAAGAGUUGGAAGCGUUGAGACAGAAGUACAUCAAUAGAGAGGAUACACGGGAUGAGACGACCGGUCUGUUUAUGUGUCCGAAGAGUGACUGCAUCUCAUCCUUCAGUCAAAUUAGACUACUUUACAAUCACCUGAAAAUGACUCAUCGGAUGCCACCCGUGGGUCUACCCAUUCAGGAGGCCAUCGAUGGUCACACAGAACACGCCUUCGACGCCACAACCAAUUCCUAUGUCUGUCGCGAAGAUAACUGUAAUCAGACUUUUGCGAAGAAAAUGAAUUUCUAUAACCAUCUCAUCAAUGAUCACAAAAAGCGACCGGAAUUUGUCUGUCAGUACUGUCACAAAGUGUUCAAAAAGUCUCGAUUCCUGACGAUUCACACCAGAAUCCACACGAAUACCAAACCCUAUUCAUGUGAUUUGAGUGGAUGUGAGUACCGGUGCUGUACUAGGGGUGCUCUACUUGUUCACAUGACUUCCCACUCGGACACACGACCCUACAAAUGCGAUUAUAUUGAUUGCGAUAAGGCGUUCAAAACUCGUAAACAAAUGCAGGUUCACAUGACAUCACACGACCCCGAUUACAGACACGAGUGCACUGUCGAGGGCUGCGACGAGUCAUUUACGUCCACUUAUUGGCGGACAAUACACAUAAAGACGGUUCACAUGGGUUUGCCGGCAGAGGUGUGUAAAAAGAAGAGCAAAACCUAUGCGUGCGAUUGGCCCGGAUGUGAAUUCAAUGGCACCCGCGCUAAUCUGGACAAACACAAGCUCAUACACACCGGUGAUAAACCAUUUGAGUGCGAUUGGCCUAAUUGUGGCAAACGGUUCCGAUGGAAACAUUACUUAACAGAUCACAAGAAUAGUCAUACAAACGAUAAGCCAUUUGCGUGUCAUUGGCCCGGAUGUCAGUACCGGUCCAACGAUAGGGGAAACGUUAGGAAACACGUCCGCACGAGUCAUCAGUAA